CCCAAACAAACGCUCCGCAAAAAUGGGCAAACUAAAAGACUACAUAACAACCGACCGCAACGGAAUACCCGAAAAUCGUCACCAAGUCCACGCCGCCAUAGUCUCUACCACCGGUGCUCUCCUCUACAGCGUCGGCGACCCGUACAGGGUAACUCUCGCGCGCUCCGCCGCAAAACCAGCACAAGCUCUCGCGAUCCUCUCAACCGGCGCAUUGGAACAAUAUAAUUUUGACGAAGCCGACCUAGCGCUCAUAUGCGCCUCGCAUAAUAGCGAAGAAAGACACCUCGCUCGAGCCCGGAGCAUGCUCCAGAAGGCCUCGGUGGAGGAAAGAGAUCUGCGCUGCGGCGGACACGCCGCGCUCUCAGAGACGGUGAACCGGGAAUGGAUUAAGAGGGAUUACACGCCGACGGCGAUUACGAAUAAUUGUUCAGGGAAGCAUGCGGGGAUGUUGGGUGGGGCGAGGGCAUUGGGGGCCGAGAUUGGUGAUUAUCAUCUUCCGUCUAGUUCUAUCCAGAGACGGGUGAGGGAGGUGGUGGAAGAGUUGGCUGGGUUGAAGACUGGAGCGGGGGGUGUGGUGUGGGGGGUUGAUGGCUGCAACUUGCCGGCGCCUGCCUUUCCGUUGCGGAAUAUGGGGAGGAUUUAUGCGGCGUUUGCGGAAGCGGCGGAUGUUGUUGACGCGAGUGCGGAGGGUGUUACUGGGAAAGAGAGGGAUAUGGCGCGGAUAUUCCGUGCGAUGACACGAUAUCCGGAGCUUGUGGGCGGAGAGGGGAGAUUCUGUACGGUGCUUAUGUGGGCGUUUCGGGGGUUGCUGAUUGGGAAGAUUGGGGCGGAUGGGUGUUACGGGAUUGGGAUACGGGCGUCCGAAUAUACGAGGCGGCUUGGAGCUGAUAGUGCGGUGGGGAUUGCGGUGAAGAUUGAAGAUGGGAAUAAGGAGAUCCUUUAUUCGGCGGUGGUUGAAAUCUUGGAGCAGUUGGAUAUAGGGUCUCCGGAUAUGCGUCGUGAACUGGCGGCGUUUCAUCAUCCGAAGAUUGUCAACACUGCCGGGGUUGUUACGGGGUCGACUUCUCACCGAUUCCAUGUAUGCCUGGCUUAGUUAAUUGUGUCUAAUUUUGGAGUUAUGUGUCGCCUGGAGGACUAGAUGAUAUAGCUUUACGAAUGUUCAGCUGGGAAGCUUGAAGAUAUUACU